UUCGCGGGGUGCGGUUCCGGGUCGUGGCGCGGCUCGGGGCAACGGGGCUGCUGCUCGGCCGGCCGGCGGCAGCGAACAGUAGGGGCAUGAGGGCGAGCCGGGAAAGCGGCAGUUGAGCCCGCGGGGAGGAGCGCCAGUCCCCAAGGAUUCCGAGAGUGCGGAGCUCGGGGCAGGGGCCGGGAGGCGCGGGGAAGCUGGGCCCUUCCCUCAGGAACGUGUCCCGGGGCCGAGCCGGCCCGUAGUGUGGCAGCAGCUUCAGUUGCUGAUGUAAAGGAGACUAACAAAGAAGACCCGAGAUUGAAUCUUGAAGCGAUGUGAGGUGGGGCUUUAGAGUCCCAGCCACCUGGAUUGGAAUGCUGGCUCUGUCAGUUAUUAACUGUGUGAGCUGGACAGUCUGCAAACUGAGGCCAACACCGCCAGUCUCAUCUGAUGCUUGGGAGGAUGAAAUGAAACCACUUAUGGAGGUGAGCACGUGAAACAAUAUGAAGAGGAGAAAAUAGCCUUUUAAGGAAAUUGGCCCACAGAAAGGAUGGCCUUCUUGGACAAUCCAACUAUCAUUCUAGCUCAUAUUCGACAGUCACAUGUGACCAGUGAUGACACAGGAAUGUGUGAGAUGGUUCUCAUUGAUCAUGAUGUUGACCUAGAGAAGAUUCAUCCUCCUUCAAUGCCUGGAGACAGUGGGUCAGAAAUUCAGGGAAGCAAUGGUGAGACUCAGGGCUAUGUAUAUGCCCAGUCAGUCGAUAUUACCUCAAGUUGGGACUUUGGUAUUAGAAGACGCUCAAAUACAGCUCAAAGAUUAGAACGACUCCGAAAAGAGAGACAAAACCAGAUCAAAUGCAAAAAUAUUCAGUGGAAAGAAAGAAAUUCUAAGCAAUCAGCCCAGGAGUUAAAGUCACUGUUUGAAAAAAAGUCCCUGAAAGAGAAACCUCCAAGUUCUGGAAGGCAGUCAAUAUUAUCUGUACGACUAGAGCAGUGCCCUCUGCAGCUGAAUAACCCGUUUAACGAGUAUUCCAAGUUUGAUGGCAAGGGUCAUGUAGGCACAACAGCAACCAAGAAGAUCGACGUCUACCUCCCCCUGCACUCGAGCCAGGACAGACUGCUGCCAAUGACCGUGGUGACAAUGGCCAGCGCCAGGGUGCAGGACCUGAUCGGACUCAUCUGCUGGCAGUACACAAGUGAAGGACGGGAGCCGAAGCUCAAUGACAAUGUCAGUGCCUACUGCCUGCAUAUUGCUGAGGAUGAUGGGGAGGUUGACACAGACUUCCCCCCACUGGAUUCCAACGAGCCCAUUCAUAAGUUCGGCUUCAGUACUUUGGCCCUGGUUGAAAAGUAUUCAUCUCCUGGUCUGACAUCCAAAGAGUCACUCUUUGUUCGAAUAAAUGCUGCUCAUGGAUUCUCCCUUAUUCAGGUGGACAACACAAAGGUCACCAUGAAAGAAAUCUUGCUUAAGGCAGUGAAGCGCAGAAAAGGAUCCCAGAAAAUUUCAGGCCCUCAGUACCGCCUGGAGAAGCAGAGCGAACCCAAUGUCGCCGUGGACCUGGAGAGCACUUUGGAGAGCCAGAGCGCAUGGGAGUUCUGCUUGGUCCGAGAGAACAGUUCAAGGGCAGACGGAGUUUUUGAGGAGGAUUCACAGAUUGACAUAGCUACAGUACAGGAUAUGCUCAGCAGCCACCAUUACAAGUCAUUCAAAGUCAGCAUGAUCCACAGACUACGAUUCACAACUGAUGUCCAGUUAGGUAUCUCUGGAGACAAAGUAGAGAUAGACCCUGUUACGAAUCAGAAAGCCAGCACUAAGUUUUGGAUUAAGCAGAAACCCAUCUCAAUCGAUUCUGACCUGCUCUGUGCCUGUGACCUUGCUGAAGAAAAAAGCCCCAGUCACGCAAUAUUUAAACUCACGUAUCUAAGCAAUCACGACUAUAAACACCUCUACUUUGAAUCUGACGCUGCUACUGUCAAUGAAAUCGUGCUCAAGGUUAACUACAUCCUGGAAUCACGAGCAAGCACUGCCCGGGCUGACUAUUUCGCUCAAAAACAAAGAAAACUGAACAGACGUACAAGCUUCAGCUUCCAGAAGGAGAAGAAAUCAGGGCAGCAAUGACACUGGCCUCCAGCCCCAAUCUGUCA